AUGUCAACUCUUCCUGGCGGGUUAAUCGCCUUUGGCCCUGACGCAAAUUGCACCCUCUCUCUGUGUCCGUUAGAAGCCAGCAUUCUUCGCUACAAGCCAUCCAUACCUGCAAGUUGUGUAUGCAUUGCCAUUUUCGGCCUUUCUCUGGCCGUGCAUACAUUGCAAGGAUGGAAAGCGCGCAGUUGGGGAUUCAUGGCUAGCGUCAUCGCCGGCUGUAUACUCGAAAUUAUCGGCUAUGUCGGCCGUCUUAUCAUUUAUAAUAACCCCUUUGAUUUUAACGGUUUCCUCAUGCAAAUCAUCUGCAUUACCGUCGCGCCGGUUUUCUUCUGCUCGGCUAUAUACGUAUUGCUCUCCCAGUCUAUCAACCACAUCGACGCGUCCCUCUCCCGCUUCAAAGCGAAAUACUUCUACUGGAUAUUUAUCCCCUGCGACAUAGUCUCAUUGAUCCUCCAGGCCGUCGGCGGAGCCCUUUCUUGUAUCGGCACCACCGAGGAUGAUAUCAACGUUGGCGUUAAUAUCUCGUUGGGAGGUCUGGUCUUCCAGGUCGUCACCCUGGUGGCAUUUCUGGGCUUGUUCGCCGACUAUCUGAGCACUUGUUGGCGUUCCCCCGCCCGGAAAGCUUUCAACGGGCACAUGAAAAUCUUCCUGGGCUUCAUGUUCCUGUCGGUGUUUCUUAUUCUAGUCAGAUGUGUUUAUCGGAUUGUCGAGCUCCAUGCGGGAUACUUCAGUGAGACGUUCCGCGACGAGCCGCUGUUCAUCGCUCUUGAGUCUGCGAUCAUGUGUGCCGCUGCUGUCUGUCUUCAUCCUGGCCAUCCUGGGCUGGUGUUUCGGAGGGGACAAAACUAUAACCGAGGCCUGGAUGGGAACAGUUUUGUUUCUGGGGAGGAAUUGAAGCCAAGGGCUGACGCACCUUAG